UUUUGGAUAAUGGAAAGAGGUCUCUCCUUUUUGGGUAGACCGCAUCUGAAUUCGUUGAAUUAUUCAUUUUCCGCGUCAAUUCAAUCGCCGAAACGCUUUUCAGAAUAUCACAGCACGUAGUUUUUUCCCCCCCUACAGAGCAGUCUAACUCAGACAGCGUACUGACAAUCCUACGAAUUGCAGAGCUAGAGAGAAGCAGCUUGACAUUCAGUAUCAACCCUCCGAGGUAGGCUAACAACGGUAGGAUUGCUUCGGUUAAUUUAAUCAGGUUAUGUUGAAUUUUUUUCCCUCAAUCUUUGUUAAGCCCGACUACACCGUUAGACUGUAGGAUAUAUGGACUGUAUGUGAGCGAAGCGGUAUUUCCCUUCUUUCAGAGAUGCUGCUGGAGUUGCGUUGGCACCAGUGCUUCUGUCCUUAGUCCCCGUUGUGUUAGAGAAGCAGUGUUUUAGUAUAUGCUACAACGAACUGAAUGUCUAAAUGGGACUAAACCGACCGGAUAAAUUUAUAAAAAUAAGUCGUUUUCAAGACGAAUAAAGCCUGCUUUGGGAUUUUAAAAAAAUAAAAAAAUAACUGAAUGUACAGCAAUGCGAAUGUCUGUGGGAAUACUGCUGCUCCGUGCGCGGUCAGUGACUGGAAUAAUUUUAAGAGAAAGCGAAUCGUUUACGGCUUUGGGUUAUUAAAUGGUGCACUGGAUUUUUAAAAAUCAAAAUGCUGCUGUUCUUUCUGGUAGCUUUCACCAUACCGAGUUCGUCUCCUAACUCGGAUCCUGACCUCUCCGCGGAGACCUGCAGCGCUUGCUCUUGCAUGUCCAUCGAAAACGUCCUCUAUGUGAACUGUGAGAACAUUGCUGUGUACAGACCGACCCAGCUGAAACCCCCGCCCUCCAGCCUCUAUCAUCUAAAUUUUCAAAACAACCUACUGAUAAUUCUUUAUCCUAACUCCUUCCUCAAUUUCUCUCAUGCAGUCUCGCUCCAUUUGGGAAACAACAAAUUGCAGAGCAUUGAAGGAGGGGCUUUCCAUGGACUCAGUGCACUGAAACAGUUGCACUUAAAUAACAAUGAAUUAACUGUGCUCCGGGCUGACACUUUCCUAGGCAUUGAGAACUUGGAAUACAUCCAGGCUGACUACAAUUUAAUCAGAUCUAUUGAACGGGGAGCCUUCAAUAAACUGCAUAAGUUGAAAGUGCUCAUCCUUAAUGAUAAUCUUAUUCCGGGCCUCCCUGAUAACAUUUUCCGCUUUGCUUCUCUCACACAUUUGGAUAUUCGAGGGAACAGGAUACAAAAGCUGUCUUACAUUGGAGUUUUGGAACACAUUGGCAGAAUUGUGGAAUUGCAGCUGGAUGACAAUCCCUGGAAUUGUACCUGUGAUUUGUUACCACUGAAGGCCUGGUUGGAGAAUAUGCCAUAUAAUAUCUAUAUAGGUGAGGCUAUAUGUGAAACCCCAAGCGAUCUGUAUGGGAGGCUUUUGAAAGAAACCAACAAGCAGGAACUGUGCCCCAUGGGAACCGGUAGUGACUUUGACGUCCAGAUGCCGCCUUUGCAGCCAGAAAAUGGACAAACUGCACCUGAUAUUGAACCGACUGUGAUACAAGGCCUGGUUACCAAAGCACCCAGGGCAACAAAUCCCUCAAAAACCAUAGGGAUCGCUGCGGGAAAUCUUAACCAAAACUUGACUUAUCAGACGAAGAUCCCCCCAGUUUUCUUCUGUCCACUGCCCUGUACAUGUAAAGCGCAUCCUUCUGACUUUGGCAUCAGUGUUAGUUGCCAAGGAAGGAAUAUAGAAAAUCUAGCAGAUCUAGUACCCAAGCCACCUAAUGCCAAGAAGCUACACCUCAGCAGCAAUUACAUAAGAGAUAUCGGCUUAGAUGAUUUCCGAGGAUUUGAAGGUUUGGAUUUGUUACAUUUGGGCAGCAAUCAGAUAGUGACGGUUCAGAAAGGUGUGUUUGCCAAUUUGACCAACCUCCGCAGGCUUUAUCUAAAUGGUAAUCAGCUGGAGCGUCUUUACCCUGAAAUGUUUCUCGGGCUCACUAACCUCCAGUACUUGUACUUGGAAUACAAUGCCAUAAAGGAGAUAUUAGCUGGGACAUUCGACCCCAUGCCCAAUCUGCAGCUUUUGUAUCUGAACAAUAAUGUACUGAAGAGCCUCCCAGCUUAUAUAUUUGCGGGCGUCGCUCUUGCCAGGCUGAAUCUGAAGAACAAUCAUUUCCCCUAUCUGCCUGUGAGUGGCGUUCUUGACCAGCUCAGAACUCUCUCUCAGAUCGACCUGGAAGGCAAUCCCUGGGAUUGCACUUGUGACUUGGUUGCUUUAAAACUGUGGCUGGAGAAGCUUAGUGAUGGGGUAGCCACUAAGGAGGUCAAAUGUGCAUCGCCUGUCCAGUUUUCUAAUAUUGAGCUGAGAUUACUGAAAAAUGAAAUUUUAUGUCCCAAGCUCAUAGCAAAGCCCCCGCUGAUCCUACCCGAUCCCACUCCUGUUGCGACUUCCAUGUCCCCAGAAGAUGUGGGUAAAAUGCCGCCUGGGGGGCCAGUUCCCCUGUCCAUCAUGAUCCUCAGCAUUCUGGUCGUCCUGAUCCUCACUGUUUUUGUUGCGUUCUGCCUUCUCGUCUUUGUGCUGAGGCGAGCCAAGAAGCCCGCAGGCAGGCACGAGGGACUGGGGAACCAGGAGUGUGGCUCCAUACAGCUUCAGCUCAGAAAACGUGAUCGCAAGUCCAAUAAGGCAGAUGACCUGGGCGGGGAGACCUUCAUUCCCCAAACCAUCGAACACAUGAGCACAAGUCACACGUGUGGGCUGAGGGACUCUGAGUCUUGUUUGACGUUUGCUGACUCUCAAAGGCUUUUUCUUAGAAGUGGUGCUGACAAGGACAUGGACCCACUGGAUCACAGAAACAGAGGACUGGGCUGUAUAGAUGAGCUGGAUGAGUUUUUGCCAGGAAGGGAAUCAAACAUGUUUCUUCAUAAUUUUUUGGAAAAUAAGAAGGAUUUCAACAGUAUAGGAAUAAGUGGUUUUGAGAUCCGUUACCCUGAAAAACCACAGGACAAAAAAAUGAAAAAAUCUCUCAUUGGGGGCAACCAUAGUAAGAUUGUUGUUGAGCAACGGAAAAGUGAGUACUAUGAACUUAAGGCAAAGCUGCAAGGUACGCCAGACUACCUUCAAGUGCUAGAAGAGCAGACGGCCCUAAGUCGAAUGUAGGCCACCCAUGCCCCCUCCACAAUGAGAAAAGUGCCUUUUUGACUUAAGAAUUACAUAAAUUCUCAACUACCAUUGAAACAUGUUUCCAAGAGGCUGCAUGGCAAAAUCAGAUCACUUAUGCUACGUAGACAUACUGCAGCUGUGACUUUGUUGCAGAUACAGCCUUUAAAAAAAAAAAAAAAAAGAAAUUAAGUGAUGGUAUGUACAAAUUGAUAUGAAUAUAUGGUUCACAUUGUUAGAUAUUGAAAUUCAGUCCUUAGCACCAGUAAUAAGUUGCUGCUAUCAAAAUAAGUACUUUGGGUUUCUUUUUUUUCUUCUUCUUUUUUAACCAAAUUUAUUAGGUAUUGAAAUCAAUUUAUGUACCUCAUGUUUGAGCUUCUGCUUAUUUCUUGCUCUUGGAAGCGUAGAAUGGAAUUGUGGAAAUUUGGAAUGUCUAACAGUACCAAAAUUGGAGAUCUUGAUGUUUGACUGGAAACAGGUUUGGAUCUCUACAUGUUUUAUACCUGGGAAAUCCAUCUGCCCUACAGUUUGGAUUUUACCUUUCCAUUGCUGGUUGUGCAACAUUUGUAUUCAUUUAUGGAAUGGGAAGGCAUGUGCAAACUAAACAGUGAGUUUUGUUUUUCAAUUGCAGAUUCAAGUAAAUGUAUAAAAGAUAGUUGUUUUAACAACGGUGGUCUCUCUAGACAUGUUUGGGCGUUUACAUGUGAGGCUCUAUAAGCCCAAAAGAACAGCUGCUUGCCAUGUAAGCUUACCUGAAUUUCUUUUGUAAGUCUACAUUAUUUGUAUCUGUUUGUAAAGAUAACAUACAAAAUAACAUACUCAAGAAAAUCAGAUACAGAAAUUAAAUGUCAAAAGAAAAAAGAGAAAAAAAAUACCAGUAAUGACCACUGUCAAUUUGUAGUACAUAACUUCAUAUUUAAUGUAUUUUUAUAUACAGGGUUAUUUAAGAUAUUAGUAAUUGCUAAUCAUCAUUUAGAACGCUUGAAGUAAUUCAAGUGAGGACUCAAUUAUUUUGAAAGUUGCUUUACUAACCCGACUUGAAGUGUAGGCUUCUGUAUUUUGAUCUGAUUUUCUGGCAGGGUUCUACUGAUGGCUUCAGGUUAGGGGAGAGAUAUUCUGGUUCAUUCUGAGUAAGAAAAAUCCAUGCCAUGUUCUGUUGUUGUGCUAAGGUCUGACAGCAUAUCAUGCUUACCAAUGCUCUGAUCCUUAAACCCUAUAGUAAUUUGUAAAUGUUACAAUAUGCACCCAAAUAAAUGCACAUCGAAAUGAUAGGGUCUGGAUUGUAUUUUGGACUCAUAGCAAUGAACACAAUGUACAGGAGAGUAGAACAGCAGUUUUUCAAAUAUAGAUCUGGACUUAAAAAAAAAUCUUUUCUUUACAUAGCUACUGAUAUGAUCAGACUCAUAUCACAUACCAUGUGCAAUAUUAUACUCAAUCAUAUGCUUAAAUGAUUUAUUUUUUCAAUCUUGAGAUUAUAUUGUGGAGGUAAUUUCUGUUGUUCUUGGGAUGUUUUCCUGCUUUUUUUAAUCAUAUCUUUAUUUAAAAUACUGUUAAGUUAGAGUAUUUGAAAUAGUACAUAUUUCAUUUUAAAACAAGGGAAUAGAACGUACAUUGAAGGGUAUGUUUUCUAUGAGGCUGUAUGUUGGUUAGUGUAAAUCUUUGAGCGCAAGGUGUUGGCUCCUAUGUUGCACUGUGUUUUCUAUUUGUUCUCUUUUGUCCACUGUAUUUUGCCAAGUUUCUUUGAUUAGUUGUUUCUGAGUUAAAAGCCCUGAAUGUUUAUCAAGCAAUCUGUGUAAAAAAAUAAAUAAAUGAAAAAUCAUUUUGAAGUGUUAGCUGAAUUUAAAAGGAAAAUUUUGAAAUGUCCUUAAAGGCAUUUUGGAAUUAUGAAUAAAAUAAGAUAAGAAGAGGAUAAACUGAUCCAGUGGAAAUUCAGAUCCCUGGGCAAUGCUAUUGCCAUUAAGUAUGUUUGUGAACACGUGCUUUGCUGGAACCGUUUUGCACUUUGCAUGUAUUGGCUGGAUUAGGUCUUGGAUUAAGGUCUUCACAUCUUCAUACAUGUGCAUCCCACCACAAAUAUUAAGUUGACAAUGCUUGGCAUUGUUUCUAACAAGAUUGUCCCUGUUCUUAAACUCAUUUGAAUUGAACCAGUAAGAAAAUCAUGUCACAAAUACAUAGCAGUCAGGAAGAUUGUCAAAUAUAUAUAUAUGCAGUAAUGCUUUAAUGAAGCAACCUCAAAAGUUUUUACAAGGGAAAAACCAUACUGUUGCUGCACAGUAUUCAUUUAAGUGAAAUAGUCUUUAUGUCAAAUAGAGCCAACUCAUGAAGGUAAUGUAAAAUUUAGACAGUUUGAUUUAUUUUAUCCUUAAUGGAACACUUAAAAAAAAUAUACUGGAACGCAUCUGUGGCCCACCCCUCUUAUUUGUUUUGGGAUUGCCAGCAGUUUCAAUGAUGAUAAAAUGGAUUUUUGUCGUCUGAUUGCUUUUAAGCCAGUCGUCAGUAGAGUUCAACAGAAGGUCAAAAAAUCAGAAGGUCAAAAAAUGGAAACUAAAUGGGUAGCAUUCACGCCCUCAAAUAUUGUGAAUGUUAUGUCUAAUGUUGUUGCAAUUAAUUGCCAUUGUCGGUCCUCUCUUAGCACGCAGACACGUUGAUAUUUUUGAAAGCCUGUACAAUCAGCCUUGCCUGAUCCUCAACUAUUGUCUUGUAUGCUUAGGGCUGAAUGCAGGCCUGUGCCUAAGUGCAGUUUCCACAUAAAUCACUCAGUCUUUCAAUGGUGAGUUAUGUGGAAAAUGAACUUGACCGCCGGUCUGGAUUUGGCCCUUAGUGUGUGCUUCAGUUUCCAUGGUUACCUUGUAAAAGAAAGGUCCAAGCCAAUAUCUAAACCUAAUUUUGCUUGAUAUUGUAUUUAACAACCUUGCAAUUUUAUUGUGCUUAGGUCUCAAAAUAACUUCUGUCUUCACGUUAUGGUGAAACAAGGAAAGCCUAAAAAUUGUCAGCAUCUACAUCCACAUUUACUGUGCAUUAAUUGAAAAGGCUCUUGAGAGAGAUUUAUCAAGCCUAGUUGUGUGAGUAUUAACAGUCUAGCUAGCUGUAACUUUAGCUUGCUUCUUUUGCUUGCAAUCAUAGAAUAAUUUAGCUGGCUUUUUUACUGUUUGAGGUUAAAAUUAUGUCUUGUCACUAUGCAGCGUUAUCAGUAGACACUGGCUAACAUUACUGCAACUACCAUCGUCUGCAUCACAGGUGUUACAAUCCUGUCCCAGAGGGCCGCAGUGUUUGCUAGUUUUUGGUGUGUUUCAGCACCAGUGAUUCAGUUAAGUCAUUGAGUCAUGGCUGGAGUCCACACAUAUUGUUCUCAAGGCUUUAACUGGCUGCCGACUGAACAGCCCUCCAGAACUGGAGUUUUGACACCCCUGAUCUACAUGAUAAUACACGGCUCACUUAUUAGCUUUCAAACUUGUUUUCUUCAUUGCAAGUAUUUAAAAAAAGAGAUUAAUUUGGCUGUUGAGGCCAGUGUUCAGGAUGUCCUCUACCAUUGACCAAUCACAAUCACAGCAGCUUCAUAGACAUAAUGCUCAACAUAUUGUGCUAAGACCUUAAUUCAAGGAUGGAGUACCAUUAUAGCCAUAAUUCUUGAAAUAUGACAAGACUGAAAAAGAGCAUUAGAGAUAUAGCCAUUUCCAGGCUCUAUUUUUGUAUACUUGAAUGCAUUCAGUGAGCAUUUUAACCCUUUUUCAUUUCAUUAAAAUAUGAACUAGUGUGUAAAAUCAGGAUGUAUUUAUUAACUGAAACUAUUUUUUAACAAUUCAAGAAAUAAAUAAAUUGUUUUGCUUCUGCAAAACACGAAACAAAAGGACUGUUUUAACAGUGUGGCAAGUAUUCAAGACUGAUUCAAGGUGAUGUCUGUUUUCAUUUGAAGUAUUAUGUAAAUGGUACCUAUAUAUUGUGUGUUCUAAGGUUAAUCAUUUUGAUUCAGUAGUUUAAUGCAGUGUGAACUCAAUUAAGGUUGUUUUAUAUUUGCUUUUAAAGUGCACUUUCUUUUGGUUGAGUUUUUUUCCCCUCUGCUCUCCAGAGAGCCUUGCCAUUUCAUUUUUGUAAUUAUUCAACUCAUUAUUUGUUUUAUUUGUUCAUCUGAAAUCAAUAAAUAAAUAGUUGCA